UGUCAGAUUAACCUGUAUCUUUUUGUAUAAAAAAACUACUUUUCACUGAUAGUUAUUAUAAAAAUAUGUUAAGUGUAUAAAUAAGUCGUUUUAGUUCAAAUUAUCGGAGUGAUUAGUGUCUGCAAAAAAAUGAAUUUAUUAAGUGAAAAAUUAAAAAUGACAUUCAUAUAAUUGUCGAAGUUUAUGAAAUAAAUUAUUUAUUAUAUAAAUAAAAAGUACAAGCUGUUGACUUUUUAUAAAAAAAAUUAUUAAUUGCGUCAAUUAAUAAUUUAAAAAAAUAAAUAAACAAAUAUUUAAUUGAGCUGUCAUCAAUAAAUCUAAAUCAUGUCGUCAUUAACUAAAUGUCGUAGCUGUGGAUCAAAUGACAUCGAGACAGAUCCAGCUCGUGGAGAUGCUGUCUGUACAUCAUGUGGUGUCGUCUUUGAAGACCAAUUAAUAGUAAGUGAGACGACAUUUGAAGAAACGUCAUCGGGUAAUAUGAUGGUAGUGGGUCAAUUUGUAGCGAAUGAUUCCACAGGAGUAGCAUCAGGUUUCGGAGCUGGUUAUCGUAUCAACAGCAAAGAGUCUCAUGAAAUAACAAUUCAAAAUGCUCGUAAAGGUAUAACUCAUUUAUGUCAACAGUUACAUUUAAAACCAUACAAUAUUGAGAUGUCAGUUAAUUUUUAUAAAAUGGCCUUAUACAGAAAUUUAACUCGUGGUCGUAAACAAGCCCACAAUCAUGCCGCAUGUGUUUACAUAACAUGUAGAACUGAAAAAACAUCACAUUUAUUAAUUGACAUAAGCGAUGUACUUCAAAUAGACGUUUAUGAAUUAGGACGUACGUAUUUAAAAUUUAUAAAAGCAUUUUCUUUAACAAUGCCGUCAAUGGAUCCAUGUUUGUAUAUCAUUCGCUAUGCAAGUAAACUUGAUUUUGGAUCUAAAACUCAUGAAGUUUCGACAACUGCAUCACGAUUAGUUACUCGUAUGAAACGUGACAGCAUUCAUAGCGGAAGAAGACCAUCGGGUUUAUGUGGUGCUGCUUUAUUGAUAGCAGCACGUCUACAUGAAUUUAAUCGCACACCGAGUGAUAUUAUUAAAAUUGUCAAAGUACAUGAGUCGACAUUACGUAAGCGUUUGAUUGAAUUUGGUGAUACACCUUCAAGUGCAUUGACAUUAGAUGAAUUUAUGACCGUUGAUUUAGAAGAAGAACAAGACCCACCGGCAUUCAAAGCAACGCGUAAAAAAGAUCGUGAACGGUUACAGAAAUUAGAAAAUAUUGAUGAAGAAUUUGACGAUUUACAAAAUGAAAUUGAUAGACAGUUAAGUCAAAGUCAAAUUUCUAAAAAGAGACCACGGGAAUUAAGUUGUUCAGAAGAUAUUGAAACUGAUCGUUUUAUACAGGAAAAUACUUUGAAUAUUAUACAGAAUUGUUUGGAGGAUAAUUCUGAUGGAAAAUCAAAAUCUGAUCAAGUGGUCGAACUGGGACCAGAUAUUGCGUCAAUGGGUCUGCCGUCUUCAUUUAAUGAUUCUCGGAGUAGCAAAGAAUCGAGUGAUAAAAUAAAUAAAUUUAAUAAUGGAUCAGGUGAAAUAGAUCUCAAUGGGUUGGAUGAUGAUGAAUUAGAUGGUUAUAUUUUGUCGGAAACUGAAGCUGGUAAAAAAACUGACAUGUGGAAUUCAGUAAAUGCUGAAUAUUUAGAAUUGCAGAAAGAAAAAGAAGAGAAGAGAUUAAAAGCACAGGAAGAAGGUAAACCAGAAAAGAAGAAACGAAGAACUGGUAAUAAAAAGAAACAGUCUGGACCUGCUAAUUCUACUGGGGAAGCGAUUGAAAAAAUAUUGCAAGAAAAAAGAAUUUCGUUGAAAAUAAAUUACGAUGUUUUAGAAACAUUGAAAGUCAGCAAAAAUGAUACACAGAAAAAUAAUAAGAGUGAUAAUAAUUUUGAUAUUUCGAGAAAUAGAUUCAAUAGUGUUUCGGAAAAUGAAGAUGGAGAUAAAGAUGAUAAAUCAAUGGUGGAUAUGAGAAUCGAUGAAGAUCGCGAUGAAGAAGUUGAAGCUGAAGCUGAAGAAGAGGUUGAAGAUGAAGAAGAAGAUAUGGGUGAUGAUGACGACGAAAAUAUGUCUGUGAGAAAUAUUUUGAAAGAGCAUUCAAAAGAUGAUGAAUUUGAUGGAUUUGGUUACGAUUACGAAGAUGAAGAGUAUUAAAUUUUUUAUUCUUAAUAUUAUUUUUAUUUCGAAAAUUUUGAAAAUUUCGCAAUACAGGUUUGAAUUAAUUUUUAUACUACAGUAGGCUCAAUUUUUUUUCUCUUUAAAAAGAAAAAAAAAACAAAAAUUUUCAUUAUAAUAUUUAUUUUUUUAUGAUAUAUUAAAUAUAUUCUGCUGUAUAUAGAAAAUUAAUAGAUAAAUAUAAAUAAUUUUUUGUAUUUUUGUAAAUGAAAAAAAAAGUAUUGCAUUUAAAAUUUUAAAUUCAUCUAAAUUUUUAUUUUAAGUGAAAAAAUAUUUGCUGAAUUAAUUACGGCUCCCAGUGAAAUUUGACUACAAUAUUAAGUGUCUAAAGUAUUAAUAUUUUUUUGGCAAAAAAAUAUUUUUAAAAAAUUGCAUGUACAAAAUUUUUACAUCCGUUUAUUAAUUAAUUACAAUUGAGUUUCUUAUAAAUUAAUUGUAUUUAAUUAAAGCUUCUAGUAAGAUAAAUUUGGAAACGCAGUAAUGUUUAUCCAAUGUAUAUACCAAAAUAAAUGUAUAUUAUAAGUUGUAAAACAAAAUUUUAUUUAUGUUGAAUAGAAAAUAUUCAGUUGUAAUGGAUAAUAAUUUAAACAAAGUAGAUUUAUUAAUAAGACUGUUCAAUUAGUAUUAGCGUCAAUACUAUUAUUGAUUUUUAUUGUAAUUUUUUUUUUCAAUGUAAAAAAAAUUGUUGAAUUAAUUUCAAUAAUUUUUUCCAAAACUGUUAAUUUAAGCCUUUAAUAUUUUAUAUAUAUUACAUAUUUAAUAUGUAAUUGUAUAUUUAUUUUUAAAUAACGUGAAAUUGUAUAUUUAUUUUUAAAUAAUUUAAAUUUAUAAUUAUUAAUAUAUUGUGUGGCAAGGAAUGAAACGAUACAAUUU